UCAAACUCACAAACCUCCAGCUACAAGUAUACAUUUUCACAAAGCUCCUUCAAAGUCUCAAUAGUUCUUCUCAAGUUAUGGCAAGCUCCCUGGCCUUCAAGCUUGUUCUGGUGGUCCUCGGGUGUACGCUGGUUGGUGCACCCUUAGCCCAAGCUGUCAUACCAUGCAGCAGGGUGUCACAAUACGUGGGACCCUGCAUAAGUUACUUGAAGACGGGUGGGGCCGUGCCUGUACCAUGCUGUAAUGGGAUUAGGUCCCUGAUCGGCUUGGCUGGGACCACACCUGACCGCCAGGGCGUGUGUAGGUGCUUGGUCGCGACUGCUAAAUCAAUCACUGGGAUCAAGGGUGAACUUGUUAGUGGACUCCCUAGGGCUUGUAAUGUCAGGCUUCCUUACCCCAUUGGACCCAACGUUGACUGCAACCGGAUCCACUGAAGUUGAGAUGGGGAGGCAGUUCUCGGCCGCGAGAUAAAAUCUAGUAGGUGCUAAAAUAAAGUGGGUGCUGAAGAACUCUCUAUCAUCAGCUCCUUAAAGUACAUGAUCCUUGUUUGUAAAAUUCUCUCUGCAAGAUCUGUACUACCUUCUCUUUUAUGAAUAAAAAGAGUGAUCACUUAUCCA